UCUCUUCUUUUCAUUACGCGUUUCCCUCCUCGUUUCAGCCCUUAUACACUUCUGAACAGAGAGGCAGAAAACAGGACCCAGGAGCGCCAGAGCAGGAGUUCCCAGGUUGAGUUAGAACUUCCUCCCACGCAACUCAGGUGUGGGGCAUCUGGGGCUAGCUGUUUGUACAGAAAAUGGUAACAUCUCUGUCAACUGACAGAGAAAGUCGAUGUAAUUGGUCUAUUUGAUGCAGUCUAAAGACCUGUGAGCUUGAAAUACUGGUUUAAGUUAGACUGUGACUGCUGGAGAAAUGGAGAACUUUAAAGAUGUUCUGCAGAAGCUGCAUGAGGUCCAUGAGCGAGAAGUGGAAGUUCUGCAGGUGAAAGUCAAAGAGCUGUCCAACAAGAAGGGCUGUGACACAAAGCGCAUGGAGGAACUGUUCACCAGAAACCAGCAGAUGAAAGAGCAGCACAGAUUACUCACUGAGAACAUCAAGACACUGGAAAAUAGACUGCGAGCCGGACUGUGUGACAGAUGCACAGUAACACAAGAGGUCGCCAAGCGAAGACAGCAGGAAUAUGAAGCCUCACGGAUACAGAGCCUCCAGCAUAUCUCACUCCUUGCUGGAGAAAUGACCAACCUAAGGAAAGAGAAUCUGAAACUUAAAGAUGACAUAACCAAUUUAAGAGCAAUGCUUGAAAGUCGCGGCGGGCCCUCCGUUAACAACAGCUGCUCAGUUGAUAUCAAACCAAAGAUGUCUCCUAACCUUUCGCCCUCUGGAGCUGUGGCCCUCGUCAGCCCAACAAUCAGUAGUUCCAACAGCCAGCCAGCAGAUAGUGAUGUAAUGGUAAAAACUGAGGCAGACCACAGAGGUGAAGAAACCGAAUGUAGACAGCUGAAAGGCACACAACGCAGGAGCUUCGAAGUAUAUAAGCCUCAUUCAACUUCAACACUAUCAUCCUGGAAGACAGAACACAGGAUAACCCGAGAAGGAGAGAGGAGCUUUGAAGCACUUGAUCAGCAUCAUGCCCCCAUCCAUCCAUCACCUCUUCGGAAGAAAUCUCCCUCCUCACCAGGUGGAGAGGUGAAACCAAGCAGGCCUGUAAUCCAUGCUCCUAUACCCUGCCAUCCCAAACGGCUCAAGAGUGGUCCUGUGUCUCUGCCCUGGCCCGCAGACUGGGUUUCUGUGGCUGCUGCAGGAAACAGCAACACAUUACAAACCUCCUCCAGCAGGCUUCAUUUGCCACACUUUACCAACUUGAUCCCGCCAAGCUUACCAGCCACCCCCAAAAGGCAUACUGUUGGUUCUCCAUGGCAAAAGCCGAGCACCCCUCUCCCCCCUAAAGAACCAACAGUGGUGUUCACAUUCAGGAGGAUGCCAGAUAACACAGAGAAUGAAACUAGGCCCCCAGAGAAAAAGGAAGACCCUCCUUCCAUUGCUCAGAAAAUCUCUGGAGAAGCGCUUAGAGAUAGCUGUGAUGGGCCUCUGGACCUUUCAGAUCACGCUAAGUCUAAACCUAACCAACCUGCAAAUGAAGAUAGUCCCAUCGCCUUACAAUGUCAGGAGGGCAUACAGAGGAGCCCUGACAGACAUGUAAAUAUGCUGAUACCUGUAUCAUCACCCUCACUCGUUGCCCUUCCUUCUUCCUCCUCCACAACACAAGUCAAACAACAAGAACAAGAGCCAACCAAUGAUCAUAACCAUGAGGUUAAAGACCAGCAACAAAAAGAAGAAGCGGUUGGUAAAACAGAGCAAAGCAACAGAAAAAACGUUCCUGUCCUCACCUUGUCGCUACGUCCAGCAGUGGUAAGGCUGGAGACCCUAACAUCUGCUCUACAUAAGCAAGAGUCGAUAUCAUCAAAUGGCAAGCCAAAGUGUCCUUCUAUUGUGAGCCCACGUGCUUCCUCUGAAUCGUCACAGUCCUCGUCUUCAGCGAAUGAGGCACAGAGCAGCCUGGAUGAACAGGAAGACAAAAGUGGGUCGGGUCAAGAGACCAAGCCAAACUGCAAGAGGAAGAGACCUCGUGUAGAGACCGAAACUGAUAGAGACUCAGACACAAACAAGAUCCAUCAGGACAGAAGAAUCAAUAUUACAGUGAUAACUGAGGAGAGGAGCCCCAACUAAAGAGGAGGAUAUUGCAUUGAUAUUACAUGUGCAUAUUCACAUCAAUGAUCAAUGAUCUGAUUUUCUCCCACAUGGAGGCAGCAUGACAAACUGUAAACACAGCACUGACUUAAUCAAAUCUUCUCAACCUUCUGCAUUAAAAAGGGAGGAUUUGUUUGUAUAUUGUUUUUUUUUAUCUGCAUAGCGCCUAAUCAGCAUUCAUUCUUUUUAGCUCUGCUUUUUUCUUAGGCACAACCUAAUCUGCACAUUUACUGCUAUAACUUUGACCAUCUGACUGAAGAGGUAGUUUUCCAAGUGCAAGUAUGUCAGCUGGUGAAAUCAGAAUGAGAAUAGUAAGAUUAAACACAUACGAGCAGCAACAAUAUGAUAGUGUCCUGAAAAGAUAUGUGGCCCACAGAAAAUACCAACCUCAAUGUCACGUUGUUUUUGUCUCUGGGUUUAUGACUACAAGUAAAAGCCAAUUUUUGUGUUGUC